AUGUGCCCUCGUUCUCGGGCCUGCCUGGGCCUCCCCGAGCGCAGACACACACACUUCAACAACCUCUCCGAGGGAGACUGCUCUCGCGGAGUCACAGUCACAGAUCCCCUUGUUGACUCGCUCAGUCUCCGGGUCUCCUCCCUCUCCAACUCUCAUCUCAAGGUCGAAGGCGACGGCGUCCAAGGGCCGGCCGGCCGGAGCAACCGCCUCAGAUUUCUAACCCCGGCCUCCCCUUCCCCCUCAAGCCGGCAACUGCUUUUCUUCCUGCAAUCCCAAGGUGCGAAUGAAUAUACCAUGGAUUUCGGACAAAAGACGGCGGCGGUAGUGACAUUUAUGAAGUACGCGGGGGCCAUGAAAGGUUUCAAGGUCGGCGCAGCAGCUGCCGCUGUAGUAGCCGCGACCACGGCCGCCAUAUCAGGGAAAGACACGAACAAAUGCAAUCCCAAGCCAAGAACAAAAUGAUGGUAUAUGCUCAUCAUUGGUGGAGAAGCACUUUGCGGAAAAUGCCGUAAUUGCACUCUACGUAGUUGUAGUUUAAGCUAUCUUCAAGUAUCAUGUUUUUUUUUUUUUUGCGGGGCUUCAAGUAUCAUGUUACUUCAUGCGUUGGAAAAUGUCACACCCAGAAGUCAUGUUGCCGUGAGCAAAACAGUGGAAUUGAGUAAAAUUCAUCCAUGGUCAUUAAACUUGGCUCUAAGGUUUAGUUUGAUCACUAUCUGGGGUGAAGCUAGAGCACAAAAUUCAUUGUUGUUAGCUUUAUUAUUUAGCGCCAUUCUUGUACUUGUAAACAGUGAUGUGGACUAUCCAAUAAAGUGCUGGCUAAAUUACAUUGGUGCUAGCUAACCACAA